CUGAAGAGAUACCGCUAAUACAAUAUCAACUAUAAGUAAACCUGACGAUUAGGUGUAAUUCGAAAAGAACAAUAAAAUGACCUAGAGUUUUUCGCGUUACGCGUUUGGCAAAUUUGUAAUUAACCGAGUUUAACUUGGAUUUGUUUUUUUGUGAUUUGGAUUUCUUAUUAUCGUAAGCUAAAGUGGUUCCGUUUCGCUGCACAAUAUGGUCACCACAGCUAAGCAUAGAGAACAGCACGGUUUUAGUUUCAGACUCUCCAAAUGACACGGUCCUAUCUGUGCACGCGGAGAAACAAUGCAAGCCUCUUAUUCGACCUUUAGAUAAUGUCUAUCCUCCAUUCAUACGACGAGAAGAAACUCUCAUUUCAUCAGAACGACCAACAUGUGCGAAAUAUCGGGAUUGAAGAUAUGCAAACACUAAGAGGUAUUGUACAAUAUUUUGAAAAAUCAGUUGACAGGAGUCAUGUGUACAGAGACAUUUACAUUGCGAGGUCCAUCCUAGUUUGGAUGUCGCACAUGGUGGGAUCCAUGCUAAUUGACCAAUUGCCAGACGAAGUAAGGAAUCUUGUCGAUUCGGAUAGUUAUGCACCAGGAACCUUUCACACACUUUGCGAAGCUGCGGGAAUAAAGAGUGUUGUUAUUGUCGGCAAAGCAAAAGACAUAACGUUUGAGCCAGGAUGGCAGUUCGAUAAAAUUCCACAGGCUUCUUGGAACAGCUUCCGUUGUAACAAUACCUGGCAUUUGGUAUUUACAGAGCUAGCAAUAGCAUUGGUCAGCGGCUAUAGGAGAGGCGGAGAGAUUGUUAUUGAAAGCGAUGGAAAGAGAACCUUUCAAGCUUUAUCAUCCAGUGCUGGGCAUGAGAGAUCUAUGUUUUCUGAGUUCUGGUUUUGCAUACAUCCCAAAAUACUUGCCAUACACGCAUUCCCAGAUGAUAUCUAUUCCCUCUAUCUUCCAAAAGGUCAGUCUGUAGGCGAAGAAGAAUUCGCCUCCUGUGCGUUAAUGUUUCCUGCAUUCUUUCAAUCCAGAAUGUCCCUACUUUCGGAGAACGCCUGCGUCUUGAUGUCACAUAAAGGUCGAUGUGUGAUACAUAUUGCUUGUCCUUCAGUAAAAGGUUUGAAGUUCAAGUACAAAUUGAAAUUUCUGAAAGACACUGGAGAAAUUGGUUCUUUGAACUUAAGAGCUCUUUCCAGGAUGGUCGUUUUUUCACCUGGAAUUGACGACGUUACUUUCACUAUAAGCCUUCCAAUGCUUGGUCAUUACUUGUUUAGCACAUCGGCUCUCUCAGAUGACCACAAUCGAAAUCCAGAGUGCUUCAAGUUUAAGAUCAUUUGUAACGAAAUUGACGCGCACUGUCGAAACAUUCCCCAGUCAGUGACGGAAAUGGGUGUGGGUUUCACAUACGUUGCAAAGGAGUUCGGAUUAAAACAACCGACGAACGCGUCUGCCAUAUUGAAGGUUUAUUAUGAUUCAGAUCAGGAAUCGGCCUCUGAUGAAGUCAUUGAGUCAGAGGCUGUGCGAUUCAGAGUUGCGGAAGACAGAAUCAACGAAGUGGAAUUUACAUCCGACUUUUUAGAUGACGUUGAAAAUAUUGGUUUCUCGGAAGUAAACCUUAACAAAGACAAAGGGGAGCUUGAAGUGAAAGCAGGUCUGAAGAAAGCUGGAGAGAGAGUCCUCGUUGUAAAGGGCAGAGAAAUAGCGAGCGACCAGAACUUCAAGCCGGUUCUCAACUAUAUUGUCAGCUCAUACGAGAAAACAGAUGAUUCUUAUGAGAAAAACGUUAAGAAAAACAAAAGAAUAGAGGCAAAUAAGCGGAAGAGGGACGCCAAAGAAUCGUUCAAAGCUCAGUUGGAAGACCUCGUAUUAACGACCAAAGAGGAAAUAAAAAAACUUUAUCAGGAAUUGAUUGAUUCAGAAGCGGUAGCUAGUGACAUGGAUCCUGAUAAGCAGCUGAUGUUCAAGGAAUCAUCUAAUGUACAAAACAUACGGCAGGAACUGGUUGUUAUGGAAGAGGAUGGGUCAAGAUAUGAUGACAUGUUCUUAGAAUCGCCUGUUAACGAUCUAUUAGACACGUAUGCAAAUGAAAGGAUAACCCAAUCGACAAAAAGCUCUUCUCAGUUUACAAAGGAACAGUGGAUGGUGUUUAUUCUUUGUAUCUGGGUUGCAUACGGAUUUUUCAUGUAUUUAGACAAUCGAUAGUUUAACUUGACCGUCAAGAUCAAACUCCCGGAUAGUUUUCCUCCACCCCUAAUGACACAGAGUGCAUUUCUUUCAGAUUCGGAAUGAGGAUAGAGGCGAAUGAAUUUUAAGAACGUUUUGAAUAUGUAUAUAAUGAAAAAUAACAUUAUAAUUAUUCAUUACUAUUGGUCAAAGGAAAUAUACUGAUUUGAAAUGGAGAAGAAAACACAAAUUAAUAUUAAAUUUAAAGUAACGCAACUAACGCCUCAUUUUCGCUUGUGUUUUUAAUGUCCCAUGAUUUUAAUUCUGGUCAUGGGACGCCAUUAUGGCCAAGUAGAACAAUAUGAAGACAGAAAUUCCUCUAAAACAGUUAAAUAAGAGACAGAACAAGUAUUCAUGUUUGUAAAUUUCAUUACAAAACUAUAUAUAAUGUAUAUUAAGAAAGAUUAGUGGUGUCAAUAGUCUUUUUAUGAUGCUUUAAUUUUCAGCAAAACGUAUGGGCAAACGUUAUACAUUAUAUAUUUUGCUCUGUUGUUAAAAACCAACAAGAAGUCAUCCUUCUUAAUAGUAUGUACAUGCUAUUCAAAAUAAGUAUUGUUGAAUGUUGAUGAACAGUUCGCUGUAUGUAUUGUUUAAGUUAUUCACAGCUAUCGUAUACAUCGUGUAUGGCGUUCUUUUCCAUUGCAAAAUAUUAUUCUUAAUAAGUUUCUUCCUAGAACGUGUUUAUAAAUGACUUAUUUUAACAUGUCUUGCAUGUAUUUUGAUAUUAUGACAUAGUUCAUGUAAUUUAUGUAAUUUUGUUCAAACGAUUUAUACAGUGUAAAAAUCGGCAUUCAUGUUUAAACCAAAAACAAUGUCACUUGUUGUUGCGGCAGAAGAAUUAUUGUAUAUCUCUUGUUUUUAACUUCAAGACAACGUUCUUUAAAAUUAAUUAUUUAUUUCAUUAUUAAGAUGUUUGCUACAUCCGUACACUUUUUCUAUCCUUAACUGCCUCAUAUGCGUUAAAACAUUUUAGGUGAAGAUUACGUCAUAUUUUAAUUGUUUUGCGCUCAAUUUAGAAAAAUAUAUUACAUUUUAUUUUUA